GGUUCGUGGCUUUCGCAGGCUGUUUGAUGUAUUCUAAAUCGACGACGGGGCGUUCGAAGAGCUUGCUUUCAGCGUUGUGCUUUCUGUUUUGGAAUUAUGUAGCGAUGUCAUUUUUCCUUUGGGGUUUGUCGGAUGUUGUUUCUAUUGUGUUGGGUUGCAUGCAUGUCUCCGACGGUUGGUACCUCGCGAUUCUCUCAUUCGAUUUUUUUGGUGUUUAAGAAUGGUCUCGUGGCCGUCCAAACGUGUCUGAUAUUCUCGUCCUUUCUGUUUUGGAUUAUGCCUUGGGUUCUUUUUUCUUUUCGUGUUUGUUUCUAUUGUAUUCAUCUUUUAUCGAUGUCGCCGAUAUCUAAAUCCAUUCAAUCAUCUGAUCAUCAGGCCCGAAGCUGUGAUGGGGAAGAAAAAAAGGUAAACUGGCACAGCACUCCCAUAUGCGCAUGUAUUGCACGUAGAGUGGAUUUCCUUCCGAGGGAGGAUCAAAUCAGGCAGAAAAACUACCAUUCAAGCCGCUGCCACUGCAGAUGUGCGGCGUGUGCUUGGCUAGGAAGACCAGACGGGGGAGCGACCUAGAGUAGAGUAUGUGCACACGGUCACAACUAAGCCCCCACACUGAUUCAAAUCUUGGAUUUAAGGCGGGGAUCCAUGAGGGUUAGGGUCGGGUAGACUUGUGCUCUGCUGUACUCGAGAACUUCGUCGAGACGAACUCCGGGAAGGCUGCAGCAAAGCUGGCAGGUACGUAGGUGCGUAGCAACCGUAAGGCGUUACGAACACCGCCGAAUAGGAGAGGUUGCAUGGUCU